ACCCAGAGGCUUGUAAACAGCACAGAGGAGAGGGAGGAAUAGAAGUGGUGGAGAGAAGGGAAGGAGAAUGAAGAGCGUUUGUGACAGAUCAGGAUUGCAAAUGGAUUCCAAUGAGGUGGGAUUAAAGUUGGAUCCAAUUGCUUCCGUAACCCAAAUCAAUAAGAUUGGUGAUUUGGAAGGAGGAAAUAGGGUUUUUUUAAAUUACCUAAAUACAGACUGUAGAGACUCGGUUGCUCCUGUGUCCCAAAUCUGUAAAAAUGAUGAUUUGGAGGAACAAAAAGGGGAUUUUUUAUAUGACCUAUGUACACGUUACUUUGAAGAAGAUGACGAUUCUGAUUCUGACGAUGAUGAAUCUGUCUACAAUGAUGCAGGAAACUGUGAUUUUGAUCCCAGAGAGAUACAAUCAGUUGAGUCAGAUGAGCGAAAUGAGGCAACACAGCCGAUUGAUAUUGUUUUUGAGAAUAUUAAGAAGCAGAAACUGAAGGUCAGGGAAAAAGGCCUCGGAGAGGUCUUGUGGGCGAGAAGGCGGGGGCAGAUUUUGAUGGAAGGUUUUGUUGGUAAUGAUGAGAUGAAGGGAUUUGAUGCUCUUUCUGAGGGGGCAGACGUUAAUCAGAAUUCCAAGGCUUGUCCAAGGACUAAGAGUCUUACAGAUGAGGAUUUAGAUGAGCUGAAAGGAUGUUUGGAUCUAGGAUUUGGGUUUAACUAUGAGGAAAUACCAGAGUUAUGCAAUACUCUGCCUGCCUUAGAGUUAGCUUAUUCCAUAAGCCAGAAGUUUCAGGAUGAGCAGCAGAGGUCCCCUGUGCAUAAGUCUUCUGUUCCUGCCGUUGAUGGUAGUAUGUCUGAUGGUUAUUCAAACAAUAGCAGCUGUACACAGUCACCGAUUGCGAAUUGGAAGAUUUCUAGUCCAGGAGACAAUCCAGAGCAAGUCAAGGCAAGGCUCAAGUUUUGGGCACAAGCUGUGGCCUGCACCGUCCGCUUGUGCAGCUGACAAUGGCUUCUCUCAAAGAAAAGUAUCAUGCUGUAUGUUGCAUACGAGGUGUUGGGGAUAUAAGGGCAUAAGGGCUAUUUAUAUUUUCACUGCAAAGCUAGAAGGGCCGGGUUUGGGUGGGGGGGGGGCGAAAGGGUAGGGGUUUGGCUUCUUUGGCUUUAUGCUCAUGUGUCGAUAGUGCAGUUGUUGAUAUUGCAACUUAACUUGAGGAUUGGCCAUAGACCUGAAUGAAGCUGCGAGAUUUAAGCGUUCUAGCUUGAAAUUGGAGCAUUUGGACUACCCAGGGUUACAAAUAACCCAAGUAGCCUUUGAGAGCAGAGCAAGGGUUACAAAUAACCCAAGUAACCUUUGAGAGCAGAGCAACAUUCAGGCAGGUCUGAGAUUUAACCACAUUAAGAUUGGGCCACUAAUCAUUAUUUGUUCUUUGUAAAAUAUGUAACUUCAUCUUAUAUUAAUGUAGUCAAGUUUUGAAGUUUUGGCAAA